AACAUACCUCGCCAUCGUGCAGGGAUUUUCGUGCGUAGGUAGUAUAAAUUAGGCGUGAAACUUUGGCAAAUUGGCAUGGUCUGACUUGGAGACCGUGUGCGAACUUUUAACAAACAGCUUGGGGGCCGAUAAAUAAACCCGAAAAGAAGCCAUGGAAGGUGACAAACCGACAACACUAAUGUGCACACUGCUAGCCAUUGACCACACCAGCUUCUGCUACAGGGUCUGCUCUGUCUGUGAGAGGACUCUCCCUGACAUCCAAUCUCUCUGCAAAUUCUGCAACUUCAACUUCAACAACUCCAACCCCAGCUCCUCUAGUUCCAAACGUCUCUUCCGCCUACUUAUAUCAAUUGCAUCAGAUACAAAUGUAUUCACAGUGAUUUGCUUUGAUCGGGCCGCUAAAGUUUUGUUUGGGUGCUCAGCUGAUGAGUUCUUUGACUUCACCAAGCUCCAUCCUUUUGCCGCUGUGUCUGCUAAUAGAAUUCUGGAGGGAGAGAUGUUUAGAGCGACACUGUCCAAGCCAAAGAAUGGUAAUGCACAACAUGUACGGGUUGUGUCACUUUUUCCGUUGAGAUCUGGAUUUCAGCCAGCAAUUGAGUCAUUAAAGAAGUUGUAUGGACAGCGAGGAGAUUGUUAGUGUUUCUCUUCAUUUAUUGUAUCUCGCAUUUUAUCUUUUGGACUACCUUUUACCCUUCUCACUAUAAGGCUUUUGUUGAAGAUCUUCCAAAUUCAGUUUCUAUCCUUUCUUCUCAGUUUUGAGGAGGUCUGGUUUGGUUUUGGUUGUUUUUUGGCAUAGGGGAAAUGAAGAGAAGUAAGCUUUUCUCUUUAUUGUAUAUUGCUGCUAAGUAACUAAUCUAGGAAUGCCAGAUGAUUUCUGUGGUUAAAAAUCUGCUUGUAAUGCAUGCAUGAGAAUUAAUCUUAAGCUAUAAACUAUGAUGAGGCACAAACAUAAAUGACGCAAGCAUACCGCACAAACACAGAGUGAAUCACCAAACAAAGUACAGGCCCUCCUUCCCCACAAGUAGAAGUUGGGGGGGUGGGGGGGGAGGGUAGUGCAUAAAUGCUUAAAAUCUGUAAUGGCAGGUGAAUAUGUCUUAAACUUAUUUUUUGAUGGAAAAUAUUGGGACUCUGAUGGGUGAAUAGAGAUCUAAAAUUUAUUAGGUUACGUAUAAGAAAUAACUUUUGAGCAUUGUUAUGGUGGCAUUUGGAUCAAGGCUUCUCUUGAUAUCAUCCAUUGUUUUCCUAGUGAGAAAUGUUAUCCAUGAUCCCUUGAUGUGGCAUUACAUGGUUGAAAAGUUUUCUUAUUUUUCACUUGUGUAUCAAUUAUUUGAUGAUGAAAGGAUAAUGGUUAAAAAGAUUACGAGUAUUCUUUUUCUUUCCUUGCCGAUUAAAAAAAGUAUUCUUUUUCUUUCGUAGUAAUUAGAUCUAUUACAACUGAACUUGCUGGAACUUGCUGCAAGUCAAGUAAGUUCCAACAAAAGUUUUUGCUAAAACUCACAAAACAGACUCUGAUUUCUUAAUAAUGCUGGAAUUUUCAACAUCUUCAUUUUCUAGACAGUUAAUGAGUCACAAAUCAAACUAUCUUGGCCAAUCAUCCUUGUGCCUUUAUGCAGGGUCUCAUAAUAUAUUGUAUGAUGUUAUUCAUUGAUCAAAUGGAUAUCAUGUGAUACUAAAUCCAUUUGCUGGACAUUUAUGUUGGAAAUAAUCUUUAUGGACCAUUUUUUAGGAAAACUCCAUUCUAGAAAGAAAUUUGUAAGGGCUGUUCUGUUGAAAACAAGCACAUUGAGAUCUCUGGUGGGAAAACGUAUCACAACCAGUAGACUCGGACACCGUUUUUGAAACCACAAAUUUGAAUAAUGUAGACGCAUGCUCUGAAAGAGGAUGCCGGCUUCACUGAAGCCAUCACUUUGGAGCAACCAUAUCUUCUGGUUCUGUCAUGGCAAGUUUCCCUUGCAUCCAGCUGCUCAGCAUUUGUAGUGAAGCUUUUGACUGAUCCAUUGGAACCAUAUGACCAGCAUCAUGGACCUAUAUAUCAUUGAAAGGAAUGAAUGUUGCUCACGUUAGAAUACAAAUUUCAGUCACACAGUACUCACACUAACGCGCACGCACAUACACACACCCACAAAGAGACACAGCGAGGGAGAGACCUUGAGGAAAGUCAGAGGGCCAUGGCUCUUUAGCAAUCCUGCUUCUGCACCAUCAACUACAAAUUGAACAGUUGGGGAUGCCCCAAACUGUUUUUGUCCAGACCAUUCCAUGGCAUGAACCCAUCUUGAAUUCCCUGCCCAGAGAGAAACAAACCAAGACUACAAGCUCAGGAAAAGAAAAAAUUUUCAGGAAAAGAAAAAAUUUACUUUCUUUCUAUGAGAUAUGAAAUAAACAAGGUUGACUUCCAUUGAACACAAGUGGCUUACCUAGCCAGUUGCAUAUUAGAUCAUACUCCCCAGCAUAUACAAGAACCUUGAUUCCAUCCUCAAGAAGUGCAGGAAUACCCACUUCAAGAUUCCUCAUCCAGUCCAUCAGCAUGGCUUCGUAGACAUCGCUACUGCAUGAAACGAAUGCUCGGUCCCCAACUCCUAGAGCAUCCCUAACUGACUUUUGGUUCAGGAAUGUCUCCAUGUUUGAGAAGUCAUAACACAGGUCUCCCUCGCAUUUCUUUCUAAUAUCAUAGUACUGCAAGCAUAUCAAAGAUUAACAAGUUACUCAUCAAUAAUGAAACUGCAUUUUUGUUUGCGUUUUUGUUUGUGUCCUCUUACAUUUAUAUCACCAGCGAUCUGCAUGAUGUGAUUGAAUAUAUUAGUGCAGACAACAUAAGAACUCACACAUUCGUUUCCACCAGCAGUGCCUGAAAAAGCAGUCCAAUAUGAUUGAUCAAGGAUAGAGUAAUUGCAAAGCAAUAAAGGCUGUUUUUCCUUAUAAACAACCUUGGGGAGUCUUAGGAUGUUGUCUCUAAAGAAACAGGAAUACGAAGAAUUACCACAGUUCUUAAUUGCCUGUUCACAUGCUGGAAGCAUCUUGCUAAUGCUAUCGUGAUCAGAUUUUUUAAUCAAACCCAUAUCCAGUGCAUAGUCGGGGUAUGCUUUGUACUGGAUUUCAGGAUUCGUGAGCCCAUUGCCAAUGGCAAAUCCCUGUUAAAGCAUAUGAGUUAAAUAUCAGAGAUACAAAGCAUGAAGGAGAGAACCCAAAAUUGGUCGAAUCUGUUAAAUCUGAGACGUACCUUCAGGUUUAUAUGAAGUCCUUCCUUUGCUUUGUUCCCUUGAUGAACUCUAGAUGCAAAUGCCGGAAUGUAGUGACCAGCAUAUGAUUCUCCGGUGAUGUAGAAAUCAUUUUUCGCAAACUGACUAUGAUGCUCGAAAAAUGCCUG